AAUGAUGUUCUAGUUGAGGGCAUUUGUAGUGUAUAGGGCCCAAACAUAACCUCAUGCCCAGGGGCCCCCGUUCCCUUAAGUCCUGCCCUGACUGCUGCACUCAUUGGUGUGGUCAAUAAGUGAAUGUCUAGGCCACCAUGCUCUUUAAACAUGACAAUAUCCACCUGCAGUACUAAAGGUGAAGUGUCCCAUCUGUUACCUGUCUAAUGGAGAGGGAGAGGGCGGGGAUAAUCAGCACUGACCAAGUCGUUUAAACUCCAGCAGGGAAGCAGGGAGGAGGAUAAGGAUUGUAAUUUCGGUUUAAGAAGAUUAACUUUGUAGAAAGGCUCGCUCUCCAUCUGCAGUCUGCCUCACACAUCCAGUGAUGUUAUAAUGACUAAAUCAUUGUUAUCUUGAUUCAAAUCAUGCGUUGAUGACCCGAUUGACCGUAAUGAUUUUGCUGGGGAUAACGAGCAUUGCUGGAUUAGCUUGGCCUGGAUCUGUGUUGAAUUGGCAUCGUGAAUGUUAGAGCUGAAACGCUUUACUUGAGGUAAUGAAGACGCGACCGACAGGAAACACCUCCAAUGCCGACUGGAUGGGCUCCCUGUGCCCUGCACUCACUUCCAUGCCUCUCAAGCAUCUGGCAGUUCCUGGUUCUCAUGAUUCUUUCAGCUUCUGGGUGGAUGAGCAAGCUCCAGUCGGUCCAGACCAGAAAGCAUAUGUGAAGCACCUGGUUGCGAUAUUUCGCUUUUUGGCCAAGAAGGUGAUGAAGAAGUGGUCCAUGACCCAGAACCUCACCUUCAGGGAGCAGCUUGAGGGAGGUAUACGCUACUUCGACCUGCGUGUUUCCUCCAAACCGGGAGAACCAGGCCACGAGAUAUACUUUAUCCAUGGGCUGUUUGGACACAGAGUACGUGAUGGCCUUAAUGACAUUAACAGUUUUUUGAACAUACAUAAGAAGGAGGUUGUUUUUUUAGACUUUAACCAUCAUUAUGCAAUGAGCGAGGAGCAUCACCGUUACCUAAUCAAGAUGCUGAAGGAUGUGUUUGGUCACAAGCUCUGCAGGAUUGAUGUGGUGGAGGACAUCACUCUGAACUAUCUGUGGGAGAACAGGUACCAGGUCCUAGUGUUCUACCACCAUUCAUUUGCUGAGAGCUGUCCUGUGAUUUGGCCUGGUAGUAAAAUUCCUGCCCCCUGGGCCAAUACCACAGACGCCACCAAGCUCAUCCAGUUCCUGGAAACAACUCUGGGUGAACGAGCCAAAUAUGGCAGUUUUCAUGUGUCUCAAGCUAUUUUAACCCCACGUGUCAAGACCAUCGCCAGGGGCCUGGUACGGGGGCUAAGAAACUACCUGGUGGAGAAGAACCUUCCAACCAUAAUGACGUGGGUGGAAGCACAAAAGCCAGGCGUAGAUGGUGUCAAUAUCAUCACUUCAGACUUCGUAGAACUUGUGGAUUUUGCAAACACUGUCAUUAAAUUAAAUAACCUCCUCAUUCAAGAUCGGCCAGGCACAUGACCUUUUCAGUUAACGCCACAAAGACUGAAGGAGUGUUGACCAUGAAGACCUGGAAUGACAUGGGGGCCACAUCAUGAUUAUCAAGAAGUGAUAGAUACCUAUGGCUGUAUGAGCUCUAAAUUGGUAAUUAAUAAUUCAACAGAGCUUUGCGUGCCAUCAAUAUGAUACCCAUGUUUUGCUAUAAUUUCACUGAAACAAAGAGGUAAUAUUUUAAACAGCUGUUCUUCACCUACACUUCAUGUAUUGAAAAUAAACUAAUGUCAUUAUUUAUGAUUAAUUAUAAUAUUUGUAACAUUUUAAGAAAUGUUAUCUGUUUAUUCUAUUUCACAAUAUCAGAGCAAGAACAAAUGGGGUCAUUGAGUUUUUUGUUGCAUCAUGAAAAUUUCCCAUAUUUGACAUAAUAUCUUAGCACUUUAAAGUUAUUUAGCAAUGACUCAUAUGUAUACGUGAUGAUGUCAGCAAUUUGUGGUCUUUAUUUGUGUUGGGAAGUUUUAUGAACCUUAUUUUUACAGCCAGUGCGAUACAACAAUAAAUUUAAAUUUAAUUUAUAAAUUAAAUUAUAAAUAUAUUUUCAUUUUGCAGUGCUAUUGUAUUAUUAUUUAUAUACUAUAUAAUUUAUAUAAUAUAUAUAAUUUAGUUUUUUUUAACUCAUAACUUUAUAUUUUUAUUUUUAUUUCAUUUUUUGUUUUAAUGUCAGUUUUUAAGUUCAAUUUCUAAUUUUGACUUUUUUUUAUCUAAUAUUUAGAUUUUAUUUUAUUUCAGUUUUAUUUAAAUGACCAAAAACUGAUUUUGAAAGUUUCAGGUAAUAACACAGUACAAACAGUAACAAUAUAACAAACAUGUAAGGCUUUGGAGAUUUACCUAAUCCCUUUAAAUGCUAAAUGCUGAAGAAAAGAAAAAAAUUAGAAUCAUGUGUAAUCAUCUUCUGUAUGUUUUCCAUAAAUCUCAGAAUGUUUUAUAGCUCUGCGGUAUUUAAAAAAUGUUCAUACUAGUAUUCACAGAAACAAUGUGAGCAUCUACACUUCAGAGCGCAAGAUCUUCCACACCUGCAGCUCCCUGCGACCAUGUCCACAUUCCACUGAAUGUUGUCUGUGGUCUCUGGGAUGGGAAAGCCAUCAGAUAAUGAUCAGGAGCAUGUGAACGAGUCCACACAGAACAUUUUAAUCCAAUGAAGAAACAAUUAUGUGCUAAAAGCACAAAGGUAUUUAGGAAAAGAGAAAGAAAAUAGAGACAGAUCUAAUCAGCACAGCUGCUCUAUUUCUCUUUGGCUUUAAAACCAUAGUUUUUGUUCACUGCUGCCAUAAUCGCAAAUGGAAUCGCAAAAAAGGAAGUUUCCCCUCCAGUUUUUCAGUUUGGAUAUUGAUAGUGAAUUUCAAAUGAGAAAUGCAUCCAAAUUUUGAACACAGCAUGGGGUCUAAAGAAUGCUUCUGUGUAUUUGCAUUUUUCUCUUUUUUUUGAUCAUAAAUUAUAUUUUCAGCACAACGCUUGCAUUGAAACUAAAGUCUCUGAAACCUAUAAGUCUGUGUAAAAUCUGAUGAUCAUGUUCUCCAGCAUGAUUUGAGAUGAUCUAACGAGCUUCAAUGGAAGCAAGAACAUCUGUACAAAGGAUUCAUAUGUGUCUUAAAUUUGUAGAUUUGAUUAGUGACCAAGAAACAAUGUAAAAAUGUAUUUUCAAAUUAGCACUGGUUUUGUAUUUCUUUUUUGAACUGGUUGAUCAUUAACUUAUGCACCUCAGUUUCAGAGUGGUAAAAGCAUUGUUUGUGGAUAAUUUAGGCAAUUUUCACUCAAAAACUAAAAUACAUAACCUCAAAUCAAUGCGGAUGACCAAUCAGUUCCAAAAAGAAAUACUAAGCCUGUGCUUUAAAUACCUGAAUUUUAGUGGUCAGACUUCUGGAUCCAUCUAUAUCAGUGACAUGUAAUUCCAAGCCUUAAAAAAAAAAUGUCACACAUGACAAACAAUAUUCUUUUUCACACUCUUGCCUCUCCUUUUGUUCACUCCUGCCCUUUAUUUCAUUCCAGAUCCUGAAAGAAUGUCAGUUUUUUUUGUUUUUUAUCAUGUCAGCACUAGUACAGUAACUUAUCUAAAAGGACACUAACUGCAGUGUAAUUUCACACAGCUGUUGUCUUGUUUGUACAGUGGACUUCAUCCAGUGUUUUCUCUAACUGGCUUAACACUCAUAGCUUCUGCCUCUUUGUUUGAGGGUUCUGCUGGGUUCUUCUGGACGCCAGGGUGAAGCGAGGUUGUAUGGGCAACACCGGCCAUCUGUGAACUGACCAAAGGUCAUCCAGCUCUCCAUUUCUUAUGUUUGUCCAGCUCAUUUGGGAACUAUAAAACAUAAUGAAGCAUUUUAGACAAGUAUACAUGCAUAUAUAUACAUGAGCAUGCACUGGAGCAUCCUGUUUACCAAAAGAUUUGAGCCGAACGUGACCUCUAAUCACAAACUGGAUGUUGGGUGUGAACAGCGGUGGGUGUGGAUUUAUGACACACGCUGUAGACUGUGUAUGUUAAAUAAACAAAUAGUUUUACUGUGGAUAUUUUAAUUAAAAUUUAUGAAAGUAAAAA